CGAAAAUAUAAUUUAUUACUGCGUUUACACGAAUAAAACAACAUGGCAGCCCCCAUUGGCAAAACAUGUUUAUCUUGCUGGAAGUUGAUUAUUAGACCUUCUUCACGCUUAUUGAAAGAAUUCCGUCGGACUUAUAAAGUGUGGGACGAGCCAGUAUCCCGAGCAUUCUUCAGAAGGAGAGAGGAGGCAGGGCCAGAACCAGAUAGACACCGAUCAGAGUGGAUUAACUGGAACUAUGAAGCUGAGGUGUUUGCAUUUGGAAAACGACUUGGGGAAGACUUCAAAGAAGAAACCUUAAGACGAGCUUUUACACAUAGAUCCUAUAUUGAAAUAGAAGAGAAACGAAGAACUGACCUAGGGAUUGAUCUCAGGGCAGCACCGCUGGGACUUACUGAUAAUGAAGAACUAGCAGAAAUAGGUGAAGAAACAGCAGAGCGAUACAUAAAGGCUUUUCUGAGACAUUCGUACCCCAGAAUGUUUGAAGAGGGAAUUUGUGCAAUCAGUGAUUACCUCACCGCCGAUGAAAUGCUGGCAGAUAUUGCAAGAAAUAUUGGAAUUGCAGAUCUUAUGUUAUGUGCUGAUUUCCCACCAGAAAUCGAAACAUUGAGUAAAACUUUUAAAGCUGUUGUUGGUGCCCUUCAUGAGGAUCAGGGACAAAAGAAAGCAGCAGCAUUUGUGAGAGAUUUUGUCCUGCCGCAGCUGAUUGGCAAAGAUAUCAAUGAAAUGUGGAAUGUAGUUAAUCCGAUGGGAUUGCUAACAGUGGUCUUGAACAAUCAAGGUCAAGAACCUCCUGAACCCAGAUUGCUGUGGUCGUCGGCCUCGCAGUGCAUGAUGUCACUUUACUAUGUGGGCAUCUACAGCAACAAACAACUCAUUGCCAAAGCACCGGGUGAGACGGUACUAAUUGCAGAAGAAAUGGCAGCUCGGAAUGCAUUAAAGAAGAUUUUGGGGACUGCAGACUACCGUGCACCUCUGCCACUGGGAAAGAUGGCAGAAAACUUAAACUUGGACUAUGAUAAGAAAAACAUUAGUGUAGGGGACAUAACUGUUGAUGAACACAAGCUCUUACACUCAGCAGAAACAACAAUGUGAUGAAAUGGGUCAAAGUUCGAGGAGAAAGCUAAAUAUUGUUGAAAUUCCUUAGAGGUAGACUUUUGAUGGAUUUAUUCAAAUAUCCAACAUGAGUAAAGACUGUAUCUUGUGUGGGUAAACUGUCUACAUCUUUGAUAUAUGUUUUGCUCAUUGGCUAGGUAACCAUAUAUUCAAGAAUGUUACUAAAUUCUUGAUGGAAUCAAAAGUAGAGUGAGUGUGACUUAUGUGUAUAUAUAUAUAUAUAUAUAUAUAUAUA